CACGCCUAUUUGCACUACUACUCUCGUCGUCUCCAUACAAACUCAUCGCGUCGUUGCCAGCGUUUUCAGACGCUCGGCGAUCGUCCCGACGCGCACGUCUCCGCCAGACGCGAACCAAAGCGACAACCGAAGUGUGGCUGCCUAGCGUCGACGCCACAGCGUAAGCACUCGACGGUUUCCUUGGCCUCUCGGUUCGACAUCUGACGCUCGGCAAGAGUUUCAACUGUGUGCAGCCUUUGUGGCGAUGACGGACGCGACUAGCGAGAAAUUUCUUCAUCUUGCUACAUCCGCACCCACUCGACCUCCUCUUCCGCUUCACGCUCAGGACUCUCCUCCGGCUCCGGUCAGACCUCCUCUUCCUAACUCGACAUUCUAUGUCGAUUCCAACGAUGCCAUGAAGACGAGACCUUCUGCUGGGAGGCACCCUUCGAGGCCUGCCCCGUCUCGCCCUGCUCCCGCUCGCCCUGCACCCGUUCGGCCUGCUCCUCCUCGUCCUGCACCCGCCCGGCCUGCUCCAGCUCGGUCUGCUCCUGUGAGGCCUGCAGCUUCGCUUUCUAAGUCGACGUUCUAUGUUGAGCAGCCGCCCGAAGUGCCUCCGUUGCCGUGUGAUGAUGCACUGCAGGAUGGUUUGUCGCCUAAAGCUGGAAAGGCAUUGCCCAUGAGGAGUUCUCCAAAAAUGGGAAAGCCACUGCCGCAGAGGCAGUCGGUGAAGGGAAGAGAGAGGGCGGUGUCACCGUCCGGAUCUGAUGGUUUGGAAUGUGCUGCUGUCAGCAAGGUGCAAACCUCAAACGGGAAGUUGGUUGGUAGUGAAGAAGUCAGACACAAGAGAGCAAUGUCUGUAAAGGUGACGAGCAAAGCUGAGUCAUUGAGAGUAAACAAGAAUAGUGAAAUGAGAUUUGGUAGAAGCAAGAGUUUGUAUCAGAGACCAUCGAAGAGCACGUCGCCCGAGCCGAAUGCUCGUGUUGUUGCUGUUGAUGAUAGUCAGUUGGCGAGACUUCGGAGAGAAGUGACUGGGAGUCCACCUGUUCCUGUGCCACCUCGACCUACAUUACCAAAGUCUUGGAAAGGACGAGAAGGAAAGAAAGAUGAGAGGGCAUCGCAGAAUGCAGUACAACAGUUGAAAUCGAAAAGUGCUCAGAAUCCUGAUGUUACUUAUACACCACCUCCUGGUGAAGAACGUAAUCUACAGACUGAUCAAGACUUGCAGUCGUUGAAAGAAAGCAAGGCAUCUUCAGCAGCUUCAGAAUCAUCUCCCAAGUCAAAACAAAGAGGGUCAAUACGCCGAUUGUUUGGGAUGCACAAGAGCCCGAAAAGUGAGAGAAAGUAUCAUUCUACUGGUUCUGCUCCAGAUCAUCUUGCAGCAGUUAGUGAAGACAGUGCAGCAGUGUUACAUAAUGAAGUUUAUACUGAUGAGAAUCCUCAUAAGGGGGGACGAUUCUCUAAAUUUUGGGGGUCAGUGAAACACCCGACUAGGACACAACCUGAAGCAAAGAUAAGUCGGCGAGUUGCUACAGAUUUGGCUCUUCCAGUCACAAGAGCCAUGCGCCAAGAAGACUCAUCACAAGAAGAUGGUGUUUUGACUCGGUUAGUUGCCCAAUGUCUUGGCUAUUUAAAUCGUCCUCACAUUCUCAAAGAAGAAGGACUGUUUCGUGUCCCUGGUUCUGUUACUGACAUCAAUCGCCUCAGAGCAGCAUUCACUGCUGGUCAAGAUGUCAACUUGUCUGAAAUUUAUGAUCCAAACACUGUUGCCAGUCUCUUGAAGCAAUAUUUCAAGGAUCUUCGGAGACCUCUGAUUCCACUGGGACCAACACAGAAGAAGCUCAUACUAGCAAUGCGAGCCAGAAAUACACAGCAAGUGAAAGAAAUUCUUCGUGCCAUUCCAUUAGAUCGCUACUCCUCACUUCAAAUAAUGAUUGAAAUACUAGCCAAGGUUGUCGAAUAUGAAGAGUACAACAAGAUGUCAUUGACAAACGUGUCCACGUCAUGCGGACAGUCACUUUUUAGUCACAUGUCACCGACAAAUGCCAAUGACAUGCUACUCUUUGUGAUCAGUCAAAGAGAGGAACUAUUCACGUAACCGGAUUGGGUGCAAUGAAAUGAAGUCACUUGGCUUAUAUGAACUUGCUGGCCGAUUUAGGGUUGAGAUGAUUGAUGAUUUAGACACAUUGCGAGUAAUAUCUAGUACGGUAGUGUACCUUGUCGAACUGUUGGCACGCUCAUUUUAUGUUGAUACUAAAGAGAUCUGUGAUUCGUUUGUAAGGUUCGAAAUCAGGUGUGUUGAUGUACAGCCUA